AUGUCUCCAAUCCCAACCGCCCUCAUCACAGCAGGCAGCGCAGGCCUCGGCGCCGCAACAGCCAAACUCUUCGCCCGCAACGGCUACAGCGUCGUCAUAAACUACGCGAACAACAGCGACCGCGCGGAUGCCCUGGUCAAGGAACUCGAGUCCCUCUCAUCCACCUCCCCUUCUUCCACAGAAGGAGGCCAAAGGCAGCACUUCCACGCCAUCAAAGCGGACCUCUCCUCCCGCGCCGAAACCUCCGCCCUCGUCAAGAGCGCGGCCGACGCCCUCGGCGGCCGCCUCGACGUCCUCUUCUCCAACAGCGGCUGGACGAGGCUCCGCAACAUCGCGGACCUCGACGACAACGUCGACGAGGACGACUGGGACCGCUGCUUCAACAUGAAUGUGAAGUCGCACCUGUUCCUCAUGCACGCCGCGCGGCCGUACCUCGACGAGGCAGAGGGCGCGUUCAUCACGACGGCGUCGCUGGCCGGUGUCAAAGUCAGCGGGAGUUCACUGGCCUACGCCGUGACGAAAGCAGCCCAGAUCCACCUCGUAAAAGGCCUCGCGUUAGCAGCGGGCCCGAGAAUAAGAGUAAACAGCGUCUCUCCGGGCCUCAUGUUGACGGAAUGGGGCCUACAGUUCCCGGAAGAGAAACAACAGGCCGCCCGGGACAGGACGCCGCUCAAGCGCCUCGCCACGGUCGACGACGUGGCCGACCAGGUGCUGUGCUUCGCCAGGAGCAGGAGCGUCACCGGCGCUAACGCCGUCAUUGACGGGGGGCUCAGUAUUUGA